AUGCAAUAUCCCCGAAGUAUAGUUGAACACUUGGAUAAAUUAAUUAAGCAGGCCAAAGCUCUUUCUGAGUCUUCAUAUAUAGAUGGAAGCAUAACGAGAGAAUUGGAUAGUAAUAAACUUAUUGGUAUAGAUCUACUUCAAAAUAGACGCAAUAUUUGUAUGAUACAGAAAAGUACAAUGGAAGAACUGAUACAACUUUAUCAGGAAGAGUUAAAACAAUUACAAAGUGCUUUGAGAUCUAUUGAAGAAGAAGAAAGAAGAAUUGAAAUUUCUUUAGCUCGUGAAAAUAUGAAUCUUGAUAAUGGAUCAGCUGCAACUAGAUCUCUGGAACUUAUUGAACGAGAUACAGUUAGGAAUUGGAGUAUAGAAGAACUUGAAGAAUUCCAAAUUUCACAGGCAAAUGAUGAAAUAAAUAAAGAUAACUUAAAUAUCAAUUAUAAUAAAGAUGAAAAUAUAGAAGAUUCAAGUGGAGAUAUAGAAACUUCAACGAAAAACCUGCCUCCAAUUCUACCUCUUAAAGGUAAAACUAAAGGAAAAAAGGAAGCUCGGUGGGCAAUAACUAUACCUCAAAGGUACAAUUAUAUGAGAAAUCGGCAUACAAGUCAAUUAAAAGAUAUCUCAAUAAAACAAAUUUUAGCUGGGAGAAAGGAACCCGAGAUAGAACAAAAGGAUAUAGUCCGUGAGUUGCACAAAAUUUAUAAUCAAAAAGAAGCUUCAAGGAAUAAACUAAGUUCUAGAUUAGCACUUCAAUUUUAG